UGUGUGUCAAAGCGCGGGGACAGGGGGGCCUUCGUGGGAGGAUGCAGCCCAGUACUGGACGGCGAAAUCCGGGACCGAGGUCAUGGGUCCAAGCUGAUGGGGUAACAGGAUAUUCGAUGUUUCGGAGCCGACUCAUCGCUGACCCCUACCGGACCGUCGCCAAAACUUCACUGCGAAGGGCUGUUAUCACCCUCGCAGCCAACAGGGGCUGCUCGUUUACUCACCGCCUGUUGGAAAAGAUGGCCGUGGGACACGAACAGGAAAAAUGCUCCAGCAUGCCCAAGUUCGCCCGGCGGCGGUGCAGCUCGCUGCUGUUACCACUGUUUCCCCGGACCUUUCCUCCCCACCUCCAGCCACGGAAUGUUACUUUCUUUCACCGCUGUUAGCUCAAGGUUUUUGCCUUCAAAUGUUGCAGACGAAAGAUCUGGCAAAUCAACAGUUUUUCACCCGAAUCCUUACACUCUACCUGUUUACCGGUAGGCCUUAGCUUCCCACGGGGUAUCCUGCUACUCCCUCCUUGGAAGGGGGAAAAAAAACACAAAACUUAAGAGGCGCCCGCACGCCUUUGUGAGAGCAUAUGUGAGGGGCCAGCGUGGCAGAAUGCCAUCAGCCGGUCUUCCCCUUGAUUCUUGGAUUGCCAACAGCCAACGUCAGGGAUGGAAUGAAGCGCAGGGAACUUAGACCACCCGGUGCGCGGCUGAGUCUUGAAACCAGUGUUGCAAGGAGCAAAACCUCAGCGCCCUGCACCGAGCCGCACCGAGCAAGUCUUGUGUCCCUAUCUAAUUUUUAAAAGGAAAUAAAUGAACACAGUAUGAAAGAAUAGAAUGUUUCAAAUUGUCAGAAGUUCUUGGUUGUCUGUGAUCGUAAUUUCACCUUUACGAAAGAACUAUCUUAGAGGAUUCCCUUUUAAAUUCAGACAUUUUAGGGGCAGCGGAAGUUGAUCAGAUGUUCACAUCAAUCUUAAUAUUAAUCUGAUCAUCAAUUGGGAAUUUCAAGACUCUAAGCACUAAACACAGACUUCACCACUUGUAAAAUGGCCAGGAAAGGGGACAAUGUAGUAAGCUUUUCAUAAAGCUAAUUGUAUUCAAUUUCUUUGAGGUGAUUCAUUCUGUUUGAAGAAAGAUAGCUGUCAGCAAAGGCCCUCCUUGAAUUGAACGGAUAUCUUCCUCUGAUGCUCUGGGUCUGCCCUCUACAACUACAUGGAAUAAAUCCUAUUCCAAUGCUUCAGGA